AAUGUCGAGUAUGUGUGAGCUGUCAAGUGUCAACUUCCGUACCGUGCCCAACGUGUACUGCGGAGCCAUAUUGAAACCUUCUUUUCGUGUCACCAUUGAAACCGCGAAGACAUUAUUCGUAGUGGUGCGGUGUUUUAACUGAAUAUUUUUUAAAAUGGGUUUCGUUAAAGUCGUCAAGAACAAACAAUACUUCAAGCGUUACCAAGUUAAGUUCAAGAGACGUCGUGAGGGAAAGACCGACUACUAUGCUCGUAAACGCUUGAUUUUCCAAGACAAAAACAAGUAUAACACCCCAAAAUACCGUUUGAUUGUUCGUUUGUCAAACCGCGAUGUUACUGCCCAAAUCGCAUACUCACGUAUCGAAGGUGAUCGCGUUGUGUGCGCCGCUUACUCGCACGAAUUGCCAAAAUACGGCGUUAAGGUUGGUUUGACCAACUAUGCUGCAGCUUACUGUACCGGUUUGUUGGUAGCCCGUCGUAUUUUGCAAAAAUUAGGCUUGGACUCACUUUACAGUGGUUGCACUGAUGUUACAGGUGAAGAAUACAAUGUUGAGCCAGUGGAUGAUGGUCCAGGUGCUUUCCGUUGUUUCUUGGAUGUCGGUUUGGCCCGUACCACCACUGGUGCCCGUAUUUUCGGUGCCAUGAAAGGAGCUGUUGACGGUGGAUUGAACAUUCCACAUUCAGUCAAACGUUUCCCAGGUUACAGUGCUGAGUCAAAGAGCUUCAACGCUGAAGUUCAUCGUGCCCACAUUUUCGGUCUUCACGUUGCCGAAUACAUGCGUACUUUGGAAGAGGAAGAUAAUGAAGCCUUCAAACGUCAAUUCAGCCGCUACAUUAACUUGGGCAUCCGUGCUGAUGAUAUUGAAUCUAUUUACAAGAAGGCACACGCAUCCAUUCGUGCCGACCCUUCAUACCAAAAGAAGGAUCACAAGAAACCCGCUACCAAGAAACGCUGGACCGACAAGAAACUUACACUUGAACAACGUAAGGCUAAGGUUACUGCACGCAAAGAAGCUUUCAUCGCCAAACUUAAGGCUGAAGCCGAUGCAUAAGCAAACAUCGCUGGCAUUCAAAAUUGCAAUUUGUUGCACACACACACCACACACUUAUCCACGUUUUUUUUAUUUUAUCUUACCAUCUCGUUAUAUAUAGUUGAUAUAUAUAUACAGAAUAAUCACUUUCAAUGUGUUUAUUGAAUAAAAUAAAAAAAACAUCGCUGAGAAAAAAUUAAAA